UGAGCUUGACGCGGUUUGUCUGUUCGCUGAUGCUGAGGGACGGGAGUGCCCCAUUCAGGCUCCCUUUACAUUUACGUACGAGAGCGGAUCUCCCAGGAAGGACAAAUUAACGGGACGCGCUCGAUAGGAACAUAUGUGUGAUGUAAAAGCCAGCCCGGAUGCAUCUUUUCAUUGCACUUAUUGGAGAAAACUAUGACUGUUUUAAACGACUGACGAUUUGGGAUAUUGUUACUCUUUUUACUUUUGCGUACAUCUAAACCGGUCCAUUCAUUCAUUCAUUCAUUCAUCCAAGAGCUGCACCCAUAGUCUGGUUUCAUAUAAACCCGCCCUCUCCCUUGUUGUCUAAGUCCUGCGGUGAGGAUGGAUACCCGGUUAUUUUCCCCCAGGUACCGGCUGCUGGUGCUGCUCUGCACGGUCUAUGCACUGUCGGGGACCCGGAGCCCCGUGGUUGCUGCGGGGAGGAGCUGCGCCGACACCCGGCAGGUGUACUCUGAGAAGGGGUACAGCACAGGCACCGCACCGCAGACUCAAAUAUCCGGUGAGCACCUGCGGCUCUGUCCCCAGGACUACACCUGCUGCUCCAGCCAGAUGGAGGAGACGCUGGCCCUCCAGAGUGAGAGGGACUUCCUCAAAUCUGUCGAAGAGAACAGCCAGUUCCUUUUGACUACUUUUACCCAGAGGCACCGCAAGUUUGAUGAGUUCUUCAGAGAGCUUAUAGACUUGUCAGAGAAGUCUAUGAACCAGAUGUUCACCAAGACCUACGGCCGGCUUUUCACCCAGAAUGCGCACGUCUUUCAGGAGCUGUUUGUGGAGCUGCGCAGAUAUUAUUCUGGGGGCAGUGUAAGUCUGUCAGAGGUCCUGUCAGACUUCUGGUCCAGGCUGGUGGAGCGAGUCUUCUCUCUGGUUAACCCCCAGUAUCAGUUUAGUGAGGACUACCUGGAGUGCGUCAGCAAACACGCCGAACAGCUGCAGCCGUUUGGGGACGUGCCACGCAAGCUGCGUGUACAAGUGUCGAGGGCUUUCAUUGCAUCCAGAGCACUAUCUCAGGGCUUAGCUACUGGUCGGGAUAUUGUCAACAAAGCAACAAAGCUGACUGCAGAUUCAGAGUGCGUGCGUGGGCUGAUGCGUCAGUGGUACUGCCCUCUGUGUCGAGGCAUCCCCUCCCUGCGGCCUUGCCAUUCCCUGUGCCUUAAUGUGAUGAAGGGCUGCUUAGCCAAUCAAGCCGACCUGGACACCGAAUGGAACAAUUUCAUUGAUGCUCUGUACCAGAUUUCAGAGAAGCUGGAAGGGCCGUUCAACAUGGAGCUUGCAGCCGACUCCAUCUCUGUGAAAGUGUCAGAGGCCAUCAUGCACAUGCAGGAAAACAGUGUCAGCAUCUCCACAAAGGUGUUCCAAGGUUGUGGAAGCCCCAGGCCAGCGCCAGGACGGUCCAAACGCUCACCCAAAGAGUCGGGGGGCAACAGGAGGCCCUUCCGCACAUACAGCCCUGAGGAAAAACCCACCACUGCUGCAGGCACCAACCUGGACCGGCUGGUUACCGAGCUGAAGGAGCGACUGAGGCCCAUGCGUGGCUUCUGGGUGUCCCUCCCACACACCAUCUGCAACGAUGAGAAGAUGGCUGCCGACGUCACUAAUGAGGACCGCUGCUGGAACGGGCAGACCCGGGGGAGGUACCUCCCGGAUGUGACAGGCGACGGGCUGGUCAGCCAGAUCAACAACCCCGAAGUGGAGGUGGACAUUGCCAGACCAGAUGUGAGAACCAGACAGCUGAUCAUGGAGCUGAGGGUGGUGACCAACAAACUGAGACACGCUCAGACUGGACAGGACAUGGACUUCAUGGACAGUGAGGAGGGCAGUGGCUCAGGGGGUGGAGAUCAUGGCGAGAGGUACAAUGAUGACUGGCCAGGCUAUGGGCCUUACUCUCCCCCCAACAACAACCCACCACGCAACCCCGCCACCAACCCUGCAAAGCCGCCUCGAGUUCGAGAAAGAAACGGGUCCAAGUGGAACAGAAACAACGGCCACGGCCGGGUCAGAUCUGCAACCAACCAGCUCACUUUGUCCCUGUUUCCUUUGUUGUCUUUGCCUUUCGUGGUCACUGUUGCCCCCAUGUGGAGAUAGCUGGUUAUUACAGCUAUCUGGAGAUGGUAGUGGUGGUGGUGGUGGUGGCGGUGGUUGUGGUUUUCUGUCAUGCUGGAGUCUCUCAAGCACAUUAUGAAGAAAAACAAAAACAAAACAGUCAUUCCAUUUGGUUGCACCAGCAGAAAAAAAAAGACAAAACAGGCUAAUUCAGCAAUAAUCAAAAACCUGUUUACAGCACAAAAUGAAUAAGUUGAAUAAGUGAAUAUUUUUCCUACUGCCCAAGCCACAAAAGAGGCAUUACCAAGCAUUGAUGAUUACAAACAAUACUGCCAUUUUUUAGUGCCAUUAAUAGGAUGUUUGACCUAUUGGUGUCUUGAUGCUGAAUGGUGUGUAAUGCUGGAGCGUAAAAGUCUUUGGGGGGUGAAAGAGAAACACAAGUACGAGAUAAAUUCGCAGCACAUUUGAGUGAUGAAGCUCGUGGUCUCAUGGUUUGGUGCUCUGUGAGAUGGAGAUGAGUCGUGCCAGUUAAGUACUGUGGAGUUUCAGUGAGCAUCUGAUUCGAUCUGAGUUUGUUUGCUGCCUCUCUCAUGAAAUUGAUUCAUUAAUUUGAUGUUAGUUUCAGUGUGUUUGUUCAUUUUGUUUAACUUUUUCCCAUCUCGUGGAAGUAGUAAGAUUUAAUUUACUUGCUUAAUUAAAUCUCUGUGUUUUGGCUUGGAGAUGAAGGGGGGGAAAAGUCAACAGUAUGACUCUUGAAACCAAACAAGGAGCUUAUUCUGAAUGUACCGAAAAGCUCUAAAUUAAUUUGCAGUUGCCUGUGAUGGCAAGAUGUUCAUUUGUGUAAUAUAUUGAUGUUUUUAAUUUAUUUGUAAUAUAAUAUUUCAUUGUUCUUAUUGUUAGGAUUUUAUAAGGGUUGAGUGUCUUUAUCUUUUUAAAAGAAGUGUUUGUUUUUUACUUUCUCUGGUAUAGAAAAAGCUAAACAAGGAAAAGUCAAGUAUCAAUACUUAUCAAUACUUUUCUCGUAAACCAAUCAUUUGACAACAAGACACUUCUCUUACCACGUUGGGUCACAAGACCAGCUCUAGUUUUUUUUUUCUGGCGUUUUCAGCCCUAACCAGAGAUUGUUAGGGAUCAGUGUGUGUGAGUGUUUGUGUAUGUAUGACGGUUUUUAUAUGUUUGUUGUACGUUCUGGUUUCAAGAUUCUGAGUUCAUGUUGAGAAAAUGUUGGGAUGCUUUUUUUAACACCACGCUUUUCUACUUAUUUUUCCUAAAAGCAACAAAAGAUGAUGAAAACGGCGAGUGAGCUCAUGACGCGAUAGGUCUUAAUUUUCAUACGCUGAAUGUGUUCUGACAAAGAUAAACUCAAAGAAUAUUCAAGAAGGAAACGAAAUCUUGUAAGGAGUGGUCAUCCAUGGACAGAGAGGAGGAAGAGAGUGAACUGAAAGGAUUCGUUUGACAUUUUGGGAUAUACACUUGUUUACUUUCCUGCAUUGAGUUAGAUGAGAAGGUUUAUACCACUUUUAUAUCUGCAGCCAAUUAGCUUAGCUUAGCAUAAAGACUAGAAACAGGGGGAAACAGCUACCCUGACUGUGUCCAAAGGUAGAAAAAACUGCCAAACAACACCUUACAUUUUGUUUGUAUAAAUUAUACACAUAAUUCCAUAGAAGAAUUCACCUUUCAGAACGUCUUUUCAUUGUGCAAAUUGUGUGAUUAUGUGCCGGACUACUUCUUGGCUGGGAGCAGUCGCCAAAUAACCAGCGAAUCCAGUAAUUUACUGGUUUUGGCCAAGAAAGAAUCACAGUACAUUGGUGAACUGUUUUGUUACUUUUGGACAGAAGUAGCUAGCUGUUUCCCCCUUUUUCCCAGGCAGGCAAAUAAGCAUAUUUCUUAAAGUCAAUUGAAAGGAUCCCAGUCGAGAACAGAGAUACAGAUGGAGAAUAUAAAAAGAAUGUAAAGAUGCUGUUUUCUGUUGAAGGAGGAAUUGUACACUUCUAGCCAAAUGGGCUAUUGCACCUGUACUUUGCAAAACAUAGCAAGAGAAGGGUUUCAUUGUAAACUUUUACCAAACAUAUUUACUACAUGUAAUCACUUGGCAUAUGAUGAAGAUGGUUUAAUUCUGUACAGUGGCGCUCUAGAUAAAGUUAAUUUUGGAAUGAAACCCUUCAAAGUUAGCAGGAGCCAGAUACAAGACACCACAAGCACAGUAUUAUUUUGCACAAUUACAAAUGAAAACGACAAACAAAAAAACCCAUUCACAGUAUCUCUAAAGCAACAGUAUUGUAAUCACACAUGCUUUCGAUGAUCAGCAGUCAGAUUCGGAUGUGGUGGCUGCAAUAUUUCCGUUGAAUUUCAGGUGAAAUAGUUCUUUAGUACAACCUCUCAUCCAUUCCCACCACUGGCACAUUCCUUUAUGGUGAAAGUAUAGCACAACUUUUUUCAUGUUGUUGUAACAGUUUUUUGGUAUCAAACGAGUGAUAUUUUCUGCUUCAUUAAAAAAAAA